AGGAUGCUAAAAAGCUCUUUCCUUGCCUCACUGAUUCUUCCUUCCUUUUAUCCACAACAAAUAUCAAACCCUGGAUAUUCGCUAAAUAAUGCUGCCAGAGAAGUCUUAAGAUCUCCUUUUCACCGACAUCCCUUAAUAUGAUAGUGACCCCUUUACAAGGUCAAACGGUGUCUACGUUAAAUACAUAGGUAGGAAUCGUUUCCACAGACUUCUUUAUCAUGAGGUUGCUGAAUAUCGUGGUCUUUCCGGCUGAAUCCAGUCCGAGCAUAAUAAUGCAGGGGACAAGAUUUGCAAGAGAGCUUUGAUACAUUCAUAUAAUUACUCGGUUAAGUCUUGGUAUAAACCAAACUGCAGAAAUACAGCACUUUUACCAUUCUUUUUCGAAUGAAAUCGCCACUCUGGGAAACAUAAUUCAACCCUUUUUUCGGGGUACGCUAUCUAAACUUCCGCACUCUGAAAAUAACGCCAGUGUUGAAAUUUGUAGGUAGCCUCGUUAUCAAGUAUUCUUACCCAGUCAGGUCGCGGGCAAGGUAAUUUUAAAGAUGGCGGCUCAAACUGUAACCGUAGAAGAGCCGGAAUUACCCGAAGAAGUCACCGAGUCGCUGGAAACGUUCCACGAAGCUUUGGGAAAAGUUGAUGAUACAUUUAAGUCCCUUCUGGAGACUUCAGUUGAUGACCUUAAGGAAAAGAUGAAUCCCUUACAAAGUGCAAAACUGGAUUUAGUUGUUGCAUAUGCCAUAAACUCUAUGUUCUGGAUGUAUUUGACAACUCAAGGAGUUAACCCACGCCAGCAUCCUGUAAAAUCUGAACUGGAUAGAAUAAAGAAAUACAUGGGUAAAGUAAAAGAAGCUACUGAAAAGAAAGAAGCUUCUUUAAGAAUAGACAAAGGUGCUGCAAAGAGAUUUGUCAAGAGUGCUUUAUGGCAACCAGAUACUGAUAAAGGCGCGACUUCGGAGACAUCACAGAAGGAAGUAGAAACCCCACGUGAAGAAGAAUCAAAGAAGUCUGAGAAACGAAAAAGUGAAGGGAAACUUGCCAAGUCUACCGAAAAGAAGAAGAAGAGGAAGCGUUAGUAGCAAGGACAAAUUAAAUCUUUCACCUAGCCUAGAUUUCAAAGAACUGUUACAUCAAUUUUGGAGGAAAACUGUGCGAUUUACCCAAGAAUUGUUUUUCGCGAUGUACUAUGCACUCACAGUGAAAGAAUGAAGAUGAAUUUAAUGACAAAAGACAACGUGUUCACUCUCCUAGUAAAAGCUAAGGAAGACUCAAUCUCGGACGUAAAGGAAGUAAAGGAGAUUGUUUAAAAAAAAAAACCGGAGCGAAAUCUCAAUCGGGAAAGUUUCUAAUGGUCAUUCAUUUGAAAAUGAUAGGAAUGCUAUUUAACGUUGUACACGAUCAAGUCCAGAAAACAAAAAGGAAAAAACAUAUCUGAGCUUAGAAAUGUGUGGGUCUUUUAGCAACCUUUACAAGCCAGGAGUAAAUUUUAAUUCUUUUUUUUGUUUUGCUGAUUAGAGCAACAGCUCUAUCCUGUAAAUUGACUCUUCGAGCGGAGCUAACUUGAGGGAUCGUAUUAAAUGAUUAUGCAACAAUA